AUGUACCGGCAGAUCGUCGUCCAUCCAGCUGAUCGUCCUCUGCAGCAGAUACUGUGGCGAAAGAAUUCCGAAGCACCACUACAAACCUUUCGUUUGAACACAGUAACAUAUGGUACAGCCCCUGCUCCGUACCUGGCUACUCGCGUCCUCAACCAACUUGCCCACGAUGAAGCCGAAAACUUUCCUCUCGCUGCCCCACUCGUACCCAAGCGUUUCUACGUGGAUGAUUAUCUUUCGGGCAAUGAUGAUAAACAGCUGUUGAUCGCCGAAAACCACCAGAUGAUUGAGUUAUUGAAAUCUGGGGGGUUUACUCUUCGCAAAUGGUGCAGCAAUUGCAACGAAGUCCUCUCGCAGAUUCCAGAAGCACUCAGAAACUCUCGAUCCGAACUCGAUAUUGGCCAAUCACGAUCGAUCAAAACAUUGGGACUUCGUUGGCAUCCGCAACCCGCUCAUUUCACUUUCAAUGUUCCUGAUCUCGAAACGUCGGCUCCAAUAACAAAACGAGUCAUACUCUCGGAAAUGUCUCGUCUCUUCGAUCCGAUGGGUUUACUCGGUGCCUCCGUCGUAAGCGCAAAAAUGUUUCUGCAGUCGCUCUGGUCCGAAAAGUUUUCGUGGAAUGAUCCGUUGCCAGUACAUCACCAGGCAUGGUGGCAGCAAUACCGACAGGAGAUGGAAAGCUUUCGUUCGUUAGCCAUUCCCAGACAACUUUUUAUGAAUGACUACGAAAAUUUCGAACUGCACUGCUUCUCGGACGCUUCCGAUAGUGCAUAUGGUUGUUGCAUUUAUGUACUUUCCUCGAACGCAGAAAACAAACCAAUUUGCAAUCUCCUGGCUUCAAAAUCGCGAGUUAGCCCUCUCAACAAGCUGUCAACCCCUCGGCUAGAGCUUUGUGCUGCUCUCCUUGCUGCCCAGCUACAAGACUCUAUCGUGGAAUACACCGGAUGGAAUUGCCCGGUGACAUUUUGGACGGAUUCCACCAUAGUGCUGCACUGGUUGGCUUCGUCGUCGUCCGUUUGGAAGGUGUUUGUAUCGAACAGAAUUGCUGAGAUCCACCGCAUCACCAGAGGCAGUCCAUGGCGUCAUAUUCCGACUGAUCUCAAUCCAGCUGAUCGAAUCUCUCGCGGUGUCAGCCCAUCAGCACUCAUAGCAGACAAUCUUUGGUGGCAUGGACCCAACUUUCUUUGCACCGACAAAUCAAACUGGCCACCAAACGAUAUCUCACUAUCGCCUCUCCACAUGCAAGCUAGAGGAAUUGAAAGCAAGCAAUCGACAGUUUCUCUAGUUGCAAUAACAGAAUCUCCCUUUUUCACCCCAUCACAGAUCAUUCUCGUCUCUCCCCCCUUCAGCGAAAAGUUGCAUGGGGUUAUCGCUUUAUACAAAAUUGUCGAACAAAACCGGAUAAACGAAAUUUUGGCUCACUAA